AUGCCUGCUGAGUUCCUUGCAACGCACCCCCCUCCUCUCUGGCUCACUCUCUACCACCUAGUCACCCGCCUCCCUGACACACUGCCUGCUGUCAGGGAUCACUUCCUAGCUCGUUGCCCCACUGAGCUCACCAGUGCCCUCCUCGAGAAGGAGCUACUUGCAGCUGAGACUAGCAUAGUCGCUGUAGGUGCCUCUCGUGGCGACCCCCGUACCCCGUUCGUUGAGGGGUGUUCUCCUUCCCCCCUUCUUCCCUCUGUCGCCUCUUCUGCUGCUGUCGACCUUCUCGGUGCUGAGAAGGUCGGCGCUGCUUCUGCCUCGAGCGGGCGCCGCAGCGGCAAGGGCAAAGGGGGCAAGGGUGGUGGCGGUGACGGCGGGGGAGGCGGCGGUGGGGGCGGUGGAGGCAAUGGGGGUGGUGGCUCGGCUGGAGGGGCGAGUGGUAGCGGUGGGGGUGGUGGCGGCAGCGGCGGGGGAGGUGGCAGGAGUGGAGGCGGCGGUUGGGGUAGCGGUGGACGAGGCGGCGGCAGGAGUUGGGGUGGUCGAGGAGGUGGAAGCGUUGGUGGUGGCCGUGGAGGCGCUGGCGGUGGCCAGGGACAGGAGCACACUCCUUCGCCCCAGGAGGGGAUUGAUAUCUAUGCUCUAGACUUUGAUGCUAUUCUAUCUGCCAUGUAUGUGAUGUCUACUAGUGGAGAGGGUGCUAAGUACUUGUGUGUGCCGCCCGACCCGGGCAUUAGGGCCAGUGCGUCUGCCGCUCCAGGUACUCGCGUGUCGGCUACCCCAGGUGCUGGUGAGGCUGCUGCUCUAGGUGCUCGUGUGUCUCCCCCCCUUGGUACUGCGUCGACUGCAGCACUGCACACCUUCACACUGGACUCAGGUGCUUCUCGCUGCUUCUUUCGUGACCGCACUGACCUUGAGCCUCUUGCUCGGCCAGUUGCUGUCUCCCUUGCUGACCCCUCUGGGGGUCCGGUCAUUGCGACCUCUUCCACUGUCCUUCCCUGUCCUGCGGUCCCGUCGGGCACACUGUCAGGUCUCCACCUCCCCUCGUUCUCUACGAACUUGGUGGCAGGAUGUGCGCUCCAGGACGGGGGUGUUCACCAGUUCACCCCUGCCUACGAGCGCGUGACACACUGCACGUGUGCUCGUACGGGCCGUCGCUUGGCUACCUUCACUCGGCACUCGCGGUCGGACCUGUACACACUGACUACUGAGUCCCCUCAGGUUGCUGCGUCUGCGUCCGCGUCCGCGUCAGGUCAGCUGUCCACCCCCUGCUCGUGUCACUCUCUGGCAUACGAGACUGUCCUUUGGCACCACCGCCUUGGCCACCCGUCUGUGCAGCGGCUUCGUGCCAUGCACUCCCGGUACCUUGUCUCUGGCCUGCCCAGAGUCCUUCCUGCCCUCCCACCCUCGCCUGCUCCUACCUGUCUCCCCUGUGUCGAGGGACGGCAGCGCGCCGCUCCUCACUCCUCCUCGUUCCCCCCGACGACUGCUCCCUUGCAGACGCUCCACAUGGACGUAGCCCGUCUCCAGCUCAGCGAGCGUUUUCACUCGGACUUUCCUGUCCUACGCUUGCACUCUGACAGAGGUGGUGAGUUCUCCUCCGACCUCUUGGCAGCCUACUGUGCUGAGCACGGCAUUGAGCACUCGUUCACGCUUCCGGCCUCUCCACAGCAGAAUGGGGUUGCGGAGCGCCGCAUUGGCCUGGUCAUGGAGGUCGCCCGUACCUCCUUGAUCCAUGCGGCUGCCCCCCACUUUCUGUGGCCGUUUGCGGUCCGGUACGCUGCGCAUCAGCUCAACCUCUGGCCCCGUGUCUCCUUGCCGGAGACCUCGCCCACGCUGCUGUGGACGGGGGAGGUUGGCGAUGCGUCGCGUUUCCGGGUCUGGGGGUCUCGAGCUUUUGUCCGCGAUACGUCUGCGGACAAGCUCUCCUCCUGUGCUGUUCCCUGCGUCUUCCUCGGCUUUGUCCCGGACGCGUCUGAUUGGCAGUUUUACCACGCCACCUCGCGCCGAGUCUUGCCCUCCCAGGACGUCACUUUUGACGAGUCCGUCCCCUAUUACCGCCUCUUCCCCUACCGCACUGCCCCGCUCCCCCCCCCACCUCUCUUCCUCGCGCCAGGUGCUGCUGUUGCAGACCCCCUCCCCCCCCUCAGGGUGCCGAUCCCUCAGGUGUGUCUCAGGUAG